AUGGGCAUGAGAGAAGGGAGAAAGGUGGUGUGGGGGAAGCAUGAAUUCUGCGCUCAGGUGAAGGAGGAAAAUGACCGCCUGCUGGAAGAGCACACUCAGGUGAAGGAGGAAAAUGGCAAGGAGCCCAUAGUUGUGAGCAUUAGUGGAGCUGCUGCCCAUGCAGAGGCUGCCCAGUGGAGGUCUUUGUCUGCAGUUGCAACCUGCCCGGCAGGCUUGUGUGCGGAAAAAGAGCACGUGGGCAGGAGGCAGAGAGGGCCGGAUGGCAGAAGCAAAAGGAGGUGCGAGGGAAGGAAGGAACAAAGUGCCUUUUCCUUUGCUUUUCUAGCUCAGGUGAAGGAGGAAAAUGGCCAACUGCAAGGCCAGCUAGGGGGAGCUGAAGAGAAGAUAGAUCGCCUGCUGGAAGAGCACAAGUUUUUGAACAUACAGCGUCACAAAGUGGAUGUGUGCCUGGAUGCUGACACAGCUCAUCCAAGGCUGGAGGUGUCUGAAGAUGGGGAGAGAGUGACAGACACUGGCACUAUCAGAAGUGUGCCCAGGACAGAGAAGAGAUUUGAUUCCCACACUUUCCUUUUGGCCAAGGAAGGAUACACAUCUGGGAAACACUAUUGGGAAGUGGAUGUUGGAAAGAGAAGAAACUGGGAUGUGGGCAUUGCCCGGGAGCCUGUGGCUCGCAAAGGGACAUUGACUCUGUCUCCUAAGAAUGGCUUCUGGGUCAUAGGGUUAGCAGAUGGGCAAGAGUAUUGGGCCCGCACAGAGCCUUGGACCCGUUUGGCUGUGAGUGGGAAACCACAAAAGAUUGGGAUCUUCCUGGACACCACAGCCAAGCAGCUGUGCUUUUAUAAUGUCAGCAAGAAGACAGCUGUGUACACUUUCAGCCUUGGUGGAGAAAGCAGCCAGGAAGGGAAGUUCUUUCCCUUCUUCUCAACAGGCUCCACUUCUGCAAAGCUCGACACAGAGCCACUGAAAAUAGUCCAGGGCUUUGAGGAGGAUCAUGAUGAUGAGUAAAUGGAUUACCAAUAUGGAGAUCCAGGAAGAGACUGCACUCCUAUCAGACAUCUAUCCCCAGCUUUGUGCCCUCCAAUCAAAGCGCUACAGCAAAUUCCUACCAGACACUCCCAUCACUGCUUGCUAGUCCUUCAAUGAGCCAGACAAGAAGAAGAAACCUUAGAGUUCAGCUGCUAGCCACUUAGUGCAGUUUACCUUCACUUUUUGUGAGCAGAACACUCUCAUGUGGCAAAGCCCACGCAACUUCUCCCUCGCACAGUUCUCCAAAUACUCUUUGGCAGAAUGAAAAUGUCUUUCCCUCCCUCUACAUUGCGGGUGACUGCUGUCAGAAUACCAGAACCCAAGGUAUUGGCAGUAGCACAAUCAACAGAGGAGGCACCGGACACACAAUCACAUGCCAGGAUGCUGGAGAAUCCUUUUUCUCACCCCUAAUUCCUGGCAGAAAAAGCUGGCAGAGUGAGAUCCAUUUCAUCAAUCUCUUAUUUUAGAGUGAAAGGCAGCUGCAGCCCAACAUGCUCUCCAGCAAGCUCUGGUUGGCAUGAUGCAGCAAGUGGCACAGACACAUCAGACCAGCUACGACUCUCUGCUCUUCUGCCUGAUUUUGCUAACGCUGAUUGUCAAAAAUCCAGCUGUAAUGCUUGUGCCAAGUGCAUUGCAUGUAACUGGGAUUAUAAACAGCAAUGGAUGUGGGAA